UUAUAGAUAAUUUCUUUCAUUGUAGCAUAGUUUCGGAUAUUAUACAGUAAAAUCGGCGUACGUAAUAUUUUUUUUCUUUUACACAUAUAAUAUACAGGUUGUUCCUGAAGUUUCUGAAAUUUUUUAGUAAGGCCAAUUUCGACCUCUCCAUCGUAUUGAUCAUGAUCUAGCUUCAGCAUUAUGAGUAAAGAUCCUUCAUCAUAAGGAAGUACCAGAUUCAAAUCAAAGAAACACAUGCACGCCAAAGUGAUGAGACCAGGUACUCAUAUCUGGGCACUCUUCUUCCUCAUUCAUUUUCUUACUAUGGGGUCCAGAUUCUUUUUUAUAAUUGGGCCUCUUCUUUCUUUUUUUUUCUUUUCCUUUUCCUUUUUCUUCUUUUUUUUUCUCUUCCUUUUUCCAUGUACUGGUGCUCUAGACACGCCUUUAAAGCUUGCAUUUUACCUUGCUUGCUGGAACUACUUUUUCGUAGAUAGCCACAUUUUUAGAGAGUACAAGAUCAGAACCUGCAUGUUGCGGCGGUUGGAUAGCAUGAUUAUGGUACUUGGUUGAUUUGUAUAUGUCAUUAACGUAAUCAUACAGUGAAACAGCUUUUGAUAGAUUUGUCUCCGUGACAAACUGCAUUCCGGGCGUGAUCCAUUCUGGAAACUCGAAAUGUUUAUCGGUCCACUUUUUGAGUUCGUUACAACCGUGCUUCUCAAUAAUUGCUGAUGCAAAA